CACCACUACUCCUUCAUCUUCUCUUUCAUAUUCAAACUUUUCCCCAAAGUCUCCAAUCUAAUCACCAAAAAAGCACUCUCACCAUGGUCGUCAAAGUCGGAAUCAACGGUUUCGGUCGUAUCGGACGUAUCGUCCUCAGAAAUGCCAUCGAGCACGGUGACAUCGAGGUUGUGGCCGUCAAUGACCCCUUCAUCGAGCUUCACUACAUGGUGUACAUGUUCAAAUACGAUUCCACCCACGGCCGCUUCAAGGGUACCGUAGAGUUCAAAGAUGACAAGCUCGUUAUCAACGGCAAAUCCAUCGCCGUCUUCGGUGAGAGGGACCCCGCAAACAUCAAAUGGGGUGAGGCAGGUGCAGAGUACAUUGUCGAGUCCACUGGUGUCUUCACAACUACCGAAAAGGCCGGCGUCCACCUCAAAGGUGGUGCCAAAAAGGUCAUCAUUUCUGCCCCAUCCGCCGAUGCCCCCAUGUUUGUCUGCGGUGUCAACCUCGAAGCGUACAAACCCGAAUACCAAGUCAUUUCCAACGCAUCAUGCACGACCAACUGUCUUGCACCCCUCGCCAAGAUCGUUAACGACAACUUCACCAUCGUUGAAGGUCUUAUGACCACCAUCCACGCCACCACCGCCACUCAAAAGACUGUGGAUGGACCCUCAAACAAGGACUGGCGUGGAGGUCGGGGAGCUGCGGCCAACAUCAUUCCCUCCUCCACCGGAGCUGCCAAGGCCGUCGGCAAGGUCAUCCCUGCCCUCAAUGGCAAACUCACUGGAAUGGCCUUCCGUGUGCCCACGUCUGACGUCUCUGUGGUCGACCUGACCUGCCGCAUUGAGAAGGGGGCCACCUAUGACGAGAUCAAGGCCGUUAUGAAGAAGGCAGCUGAAUCCCCCGAGUACAAGGGAAUCUUUGCCUACACUGAGGAAGAUGUUGUGUCGACCGACUUUGUUGGCGCCACCGAAUCUUCCAUCUUUGACGCCAAGGCCGGUAUCGCGCUCAACAAGAACUUCCUCAAGCUCGUUGCCUGGUACGACAACGAAUACGGAUACUCUCGUCGUGUGUGUGACUUGAUCUCUUACAUUGCUGCCGUCGAUGCCAAAGCCAACUAGAAAUGUGGGUAAGAUUGGUCAUAACGCGAUGUGAAUGCGAAAACGUUGGACGUGAUCAUGAUAGUUGAAUAUGCAGACAUGUUUAUAGAAUGGGGU